AUGGACCCCAGUGUGCUUUCAGCGAUGGACCGGGACGCGCUCAAGAAACAGAUCGAAAACAUGCGCUACCAGUCCACAAUGGACCGAUGGCCGCUAUCCAGGAGCAUACAGGCAAUGAGAGAGUUCGUUGAGGAAAACGAAAAAACCGAUCCAUUAAUCCACGCUCCAGACAAAAAGAACAACCCUUGGGCGGAAAAAGGGAAGUGUGUAAUAAUGUGA